UCUCGAGGAGCUUUGGCCAGCUUGUUGACCACAUGUACAGUCUCUAAUAUUCAAGCUCUUUUGCUUAUGGCACUCUUCCUGCACAACAACAAUGAUCGGAAUGCAGCGUGGACCCUAACAGGCAGUGCUGCGAGAAUUGCAAUUGCGUUAGGCUUGCAUCGAAGCGAUAUUGAUGAGAGCCUUCGUCUAACUGAACAAGACUCCCGAAGGCGAGUCUGGUCUACAUUAUUAACGGUCGAGCAAUUUCUCUGCUCGUGUUUGGGACGCCCAAGUGUAAUUGACGGUCGGGAAGUAACCCUGGGACCUGCACCCGAAGACUCUGCUACUGCAUUCCCCAGUCAUCCCAGCCAUCACCAGGUGGCCACUGAUCUUCAACGACAAGCCAGUCGACUCCGCGAUGCGAUCGCUUUCUUGCAUCGGCCUGCUUCCCCUGUAUCAUCAACUGAUACGCCGGUUACUGAUCCAAUAGCGCUCCUGACCAGGCUGAAAAAUUGGGAAAUUAACAUACCAACUUAUCUCAUUAUACCGUCUGCUAUCUUGGAUUCGUGCACCAUUCCCCAAGAGGCAGUUCUGGAAGCGUUCGUUUCUGGUUAUCCACCGGCUCAACUACAGCCAACGGUUCUCCUCCAUUUAACCUAUAACAAUCUCGUUAUCCAGCUUACGCGGCCAUAUUUGCUUAAAGUUAUUUCAAUGAGUCGAAGGCAUAAUCCAAAACAACAAUACCCUUGGGCUACACCUCAUGAUACUUCGAAAGACGUGCGAAAGAGCGCUGAGUAUCUGGCCUCCAGCUGUGUAACAGUAGCGAUGCGGAUUGUUAACCUUCUCAUCCUAAUUGAACAUGCCAACAGGGUCAAUGGAAAAACUAGCCUGGACCUUUUUUACGGGUACUCGGCUGGAAUGGUUCUGCUCCUCCGUCAGCUUUGGGUCAUGCCCCCGGAUCUUCCAAUGUCUAUGUGGCAGCUAGAAGACGCAGCUCAGCGUGAUCUUCGAUGUCAGGUGACAAGGUUGCAGUCCCUAAUGCAAAAAAUCGCGGAGUGUCCGACCAUGCAGAGGUUUAAGUCAGUGCUUCAAAAGUUCGACGAAGCUGUUCUUGCGAACGGGCAACGGAUGCGAAGUGAAAUUGAUGAAGUUGCAUCUUUGCACGUGGUGCAGGAGGAAGGCAUAGAACCUUUGUCGACCUCACAGCUUCAAAUUCCUAGCGUCGAUGGGACUAAUAGCGACCUAUAUGGCACUAUCUUAGGUAGCCCAAGCCUGUGGCAAGAUUCCCUACAGACGAUCACCCAAUACAGUCUCGACUGGAGCAACUUUGAGCAAUUUCUUGGCAGCAUGAACGUGGCAUAG